AUGUCUGACCAGCCAAGUUCAUCUCAACAUUCUCAUUCAGUGUUCCUGAAUGCCGCCUCAAACUUCGAUCCACAAAAUUGGAUUCGAAGAUAUAACCACAAUCAGAAUCUAUAUCCAAAUGGGUGAGUUUAUUUUUUUUUUUGAAAAAAAAAUUGGCGGGAAAAUUCAAAAUUCAAAAAUUCCGAAUAAUAAAGAGAGUACAGAGAAAAAUUGAUAGAUUAAUUUAUUUAUCGAUUUUUUGUUAGGCUUGAGAUAAGCAAGUUUCUCUUUUUCUUUAAAAGAAAAAAAGGUUUUACACAAAAUUGUGGUUUUUGACGUCAAAAUGUAAGUUUGGAACAUCAAAAAUGCGCCAAAACUGCAAAAAAUGCUUGCUAGGCACUUGAGAACUAGGAUUUAUAGGUGAAAAAUGAUGAAAAUCGCAUCAUUUCACCUUGGAAAUUGGUUAAAAUCACAAAUUUUUCCACCAAAACCUCUUCAAAUUCCAGAAGUUCCGAAGACGACGAACUAAUCCUAAGCGAUUAUGCUCUUGAAGAAAUCCCACCUCGAUAUUUUUGCGAACAAGAAGACGAAGGCUACCAUCCACAUAACAUCGAAUCAAUGAAUUUGACGAAAAACGCGUUCAGCACAAAUUUAAAGGGUCUUUCAACAUUUGUCAAUCUCGUCACUUUGGAUUUAUCCGAUAAUUUUUUGACAAAUUUACCGGAUGAUAUAGGACAACUCAAGUUUUUGCAAAAAUUGGCGGCGAGAAAUAAUUUGUUGGAGGGAUUGCCGAAGACGAUGUGCGAGUUGGAGCAUAUCGAGGAGAUUUAUUUGCCAGGAAAUCAAAUUGGUAAGUGUUUUUGGGAAGUUUUGCUGAAUUUUGAAGUUAGAAAAUCGAGAUUCCGGCUUUCAUAGAUCCAAAAACCAUUCAAGGCAAAGAAAAAAUGGGCGGAGCUUCAAAAAUGUGAUUUUUGGCGCGAAACUUAAGCUCUGGGAUAAAGAAAUGGAAUUUUCUAAUGUUUAGAAUCAAAAAAUCACGAAUUUUCGUAAUUUUUGCAACGUGGCAAUGAAAAAUUCCGAUUUUUCAUGUUCAGAUUCAAAAAAUUCGGAAUUUCUGCCACGUGGAAAUGAAAGUUCGCAAUUUUUCAUGUUUAGACUCAAAAAAUUCGGAAUUUCUGCCACGUGGCAUCGAAAAAUUCGGAUGUUUCAUGUUUAGACUCGAAAAAUCACGAGUUUUCGUGAUUUUUGCCACGUGGCAUAUAAAAAGUUGCAAUUUUUCAUGUUCAGACUCAAAAAAUUCGGAAUUUCUGCCAAGUGGCAUUGAAAAUUCGCAAUUUUUCACGCUAAGACUCGAAAAAUCACAAAUUUUUCAUAGGCCAAGCUUUUUUUCUCGAUCUACUUACAAAACCUCUUCCAAUUUUGCAGAUUGCAUUCCCCCAGUCAUCUUCAACAUGCAAAAACUGCGAGUCCUUCACCUUGGAGGAAAUAAAAUCGACACUCUUCCCUACGCCCUGGGCACUUUAAAAUGCCUCGAGUUACUGUAUCUCGGUGGCAAUCGUUUGUCUGAAAUUCCAGCCACAAUCGGAUGUUUAUAUCGAUUGAUCUCAUUGACAUUGUGCGACAAUCAAUUGGAAACAAUUCCAUCAACUUUGGGCGAUUUGCAUCAUUUGGAGAAUUUGGCAUUGCAUAAUAAUCGGUUGCGAACAUUGCCGACCGAGAUUAUUAAUUUGCAAAAUCUUCAACAACUUUCGCUGAGGAACAAUCCUUUGGUUCACAAUUUUGUUUAUAAUAUGACGAUUGAUCCGCCGAGUUUGAAAGAGUUGGCUGGAAGAAUGGUGCGACAGAAGAUGCACAAAAUUCCACUUCGGGAGUAUUUACCACUGUGAGUUGUGAAGGAGGAUUGGGACGGGGGCUUCGGGAAGCGACUUUUUUCAAAAGUAGAUUUUGCUCAGUGGUAGUGCUGGCUUCUAGCAAUCUCAAGAACCCAAGUUCGAUCCCCACUUCCCGCUACCCUCCCAAAAUCCAAAUUCUUCCAGCGAGCUAAUCGACUAUCUCCAUUCCGCGUGUCAAUGCGUCAAUCCAAAAUGUAAAGGCGUCUAUUUCGAAGCUCGCGUGGAACACGUGAAAUUCGUCGACUUUUGCGGGAAAUACCGCGUGCCCCUCUUGCAAUUCUUGUGUUCUCCAAGAUGUUCUUCCGGUGUGCCGGCUGUUACGUAUGAUACAACAAGUAGUGAAUCAGAGGAUGAAUUUCAACCAAGAAUGCGCAGAGUUUUGCUGGGUUAG